GUACUCUGGAACAAGAACAAGUCUCUCCUUUUACUUACUGGCAGCUAGAAUGAAAAUUAAAGUCGUACUAACAUAUUUUUUCAUAUGGUUAACAAUUUUUGGCUCAAGCUGGCAAGAUGGAUUCAAUUUUUACAAAGCAUUGAACCGAACGCCAAUGAACAGAGUGGAAAGGUUUUACAGAGAUGGGAUAUCUUCCCGUUACAAAGUACCAUUAUCGAAACGAUUAUUUUACGACGGUUUCAACGAAUGGAAAAAUACUAACGAAAAACGGAAUCGUGACUUCAUCGCUAUUCUAUUCAACUGGGACGCAGACAUGAAAUUUCACGGGCCAAAUAACGAAAACCCAGAAGAUGAAUGCGAAAAAAUGGUAAAUUCGAUACCAGAUUCGAUAUUCGUAUGAAUCAAGCGGAUGACGCCGAAGAGUUUGCGAGAUAGGUAUCCGAUUUAAACAUAUAGGUACGUAGGUAUGUAGUCUAUAAAAAAAUAAAGUGAUUUUUUUUUUACGCAAAAA